UACAGGUGUAAAUAAGGUGAUUUCAAUGAAGUAUAAUAAAAAAUGUAUUUCAGUAUCCUUCCGUUAUAUGUGUAUAUAUCCAGGAUAUCUAAAUACAAAACAACCUUGAUCUAUUCACCCUCUUCAAUUCCGUGAUGCUUAGAUACGGUCAUUGAUUGCAUGGUUUGCGUGGUUGUUGUUGCGGUACUAUUAAUCUUGCUUAUGGAUUGAACUGUAAGAAAGAUGGCCAUGAUCAGCACCGUGAUCAGUGUGGUGGCAUGGUGAAUCUUGCUUGGUAUGGCGUUGGAAUCCAACCCCAAAUGACAGAAGCGAGCGAUGGUGUUCCUACACUGUAUGGGGAUUUCAAGUCUGGGAAGGGUCGAGUUUUUCGAUAAUUCCAUUGUAAAUGCAGACGCUCCCAGAGUUGGAAUGUGACAUCCAGGUACUGCUGCAAAAGACAUGAGGAGAUCAUUUACGCCUCUAAACUGUUCAGUAGGACAUGUUUUCCAUCAAUAGUUAUGACAUUUACCGAGAGGGAAUUGUAAAAAAAAAACUAUUUGUGUGGCCCUUGGUAAAAAAGAGCGUCGAUUGGCAAAAUCAAACAUUCAACAAAAAUGCCGAGCGUUUUAUUUGUACUACUCAAUGGUGUGAAUAAACUAAGACAUCGAUUUACUAGGCAAAUAAUCGGUGUCAAUUGAUUUUUCACAGUUUUAAUAAUUAUUAUGUCUGCCAGUUUAGCACUUAGUACCGUUAUUAAAACAGCCACAAGAGCGGGACAACGCACACUUAAUUAGGUUAUCCGCUACUAGAAAUAAUAAAAAAACAAAAAGGUGAUAUAAACCACGAUUCACAGUUAGUCGAAAGAGUUGCAGUGAGAAAUUCGCGCAUCGAUGAAGUCAAUUUGCUUAGUCUCCCUACUAGCGGUACUAAUAAAGUGCACAACGUGCAGCACGGAUCCGUACACAGAAUGCCUAGACGAAGAGAAAGUGAAGAAGGAGAACUUACAUAAUGUGACAUUCGAGACUAAUCCACCAAUUGACAGUAAAUCGGGCGAGUACUUCUUAUGUGUAUGGAAAAAGAUAGGAGUAAUGAACCAUGAUGGGGACGUUGACAGGGAACGGUUCAAGAAAUUUAUUGAGGAGGAGAUACAGGGAGUGCGGCACGUUACACCUUUCCUACGUCAACUUGUCACGGCAAGUAUAUUGGAUUGUGAUUUAAAACGGGCCGAAGUUCCUAAAGAAACAGCCGUAAAGGUGAAGAAUUGUCACUCUAAGAUCAUUGUUAACGUUCUUUCAUUGUAAUUAAUUAUCGUUAUAGAAAAUUUCCAAAGAUAACUAUAAGUCAGGUCAGUAGGAUUCUGUACCCACUAAGGGUCGUUCCGUUUCACGUCAAUUUAUUUUGGAAAUCCAUCGUUUCAAUAAUAUUAUUCGCCGGUUUUGUCACGAUAGUAAAGUUAAUUGGAAGAUUAAUAUUAAGCCUGAAGUACAAAUUAUUUAUUGCGUUUACGCCAAUUAACGUUGAUGAUUGCAUCAUACAAUUGAACUGAAGUCUUCUUUUUGCACUUACUGUAUAUC